AUGUCCCACUCCGGAGGGCACGGCCGGAGGGACCCCAAGACCCUGACGGGGCUGGCCAAGCGGUCCGGCGCCGUGUCCCACAUCGCCAAGUCCUUCGAGAACGCCGACAAGGGCGCCGCGAAGGAGGCGCCGCAGGCGGGCUGGGCGGAGCUGGCGCGGAGGGAGGCCGCGGCGGACGCCCUCGCCGGCUCGGGCUUCCUGCUCAACAGGAGCGUCCCGGGCGCCAGCUCGACCCGCUCCUCCAUGCGCCAGCAGCCGCCGCCCGUGCCGCAGCGCCCGCAGCACCACCACCGGCAGCAGCACCACGCCCACGAGCACCGGCAGCAGGUGCAGCAGAUGCACGGCGGCGGCGGCGGCAAGCCAGCGCAGACCCUGGUGAGGGUCCACCAGGCGCAGCGCGGGAGCCACAGGGACUCGUACCGGGAGCCGCGCGACGCGCUGCACCUGCCGCGGCCCACCUUCUCGCCGCGCCCCGUUCUUCACGACGGCGACGACGACGACGACAACGACAACGAGCACGAGGGCUACAACGAGCCGCGCGACGAGCGGGCGCCGGACGCGAGCCCGCUGAAGGCGCGCGUCAACAGCCAGGGGCGCCUGUACUUCGGCUCCAGCAUCAGGAUCCACAACGGCGCCUUCGAGAAGCAGAGCAACCUCGCCGCCGCCAACAACCUCAUGAGCGCCACGCCGAAGCUGGUGCGCGGCCCGACGCUGGGCGAGCUGCUGCACCGGGGGGACGCCGCCACCUCCUCCAGCAGGUCCUACGGCGUCCCCAACCCGCGGGAUCCCGACGCCUCGCAGAGGUUCGGCCCGAGAGCGGCCGACGCGGGCGACGCCUCGGCGCUCGAGGCUCCCCGCAGCAGGUCCUUCUCGGAGCAGAACCUGUCGCCGUCCCGCAGGAGCACCGCCAACGUCUCGCAGCUGAGCGCCAAGGGCCUCGGCAGCGAGCUCGGCGCCCCCGCCCGCGCCCGCCCCGUGGUGGGCAAGCCGCCCACGCCCGUGCCGCAGCGCUCCGCCCGCAUCGUCAACUCGCGCAGACAGUCGUUCAGACAGACGAACAUCAACCGCGAAGGAAGGAACAGUGUGAGAAACAAUAAUCAACAAAGUACAACACAAAACGGAUCGCUAAGAAACAUUCCGGACGCUGUAAAUAGAAAUAUCAAUCACCCGGAACACACGUACGACCUAGAUGUUGUAGAAAACGGGAAUAGUUGCUCGUUGAGCCGGACCAACGAAAAUGGGAAACCAAAAAGUUCAAAGAAUACAGGUAAGACUUAUCUAAAUCCGUCCCGUAUCCAGCGUGAACCGAUGGAAGUCGAAUAG